AUGUCUGGGAAAAAGUCCUCGAUCGAGCGCUCCUUCCUGAGCUUGCACCAGCGCCCAAGAUUCUACCUCCGCAGCACCCCCAGCAUUCCGUCCUCUCCGGUGGGCCAGAGCCCGAUCCUACCCGGCGCGGCGGGGGCGAAGAUGCGGGCAUUGGCAGAGCACCUGUUUCCAACGGAAGUCAUCAUGGGGUUGCUGAGAGAACAAAAGGAUGACGACAAGGAGGACGAGGCUAUCGCGGCCCUAGUUACCCUAGAGCAAGGAGGUCCGCCGCCCGCUGGUACUCCCCCGCGUCAUGAGCCAAAUGCUGCUGGUGCGCAUGGGUCUGCCGGGAAGAGGACGCCAAGAGGGCGAUUGCAUGAAGACGGAGGAUCCUACGCCACAAUGAACAACGCGGGUGGUAAGGGACUACCGGGUUCCAUACCUAGUAUGCCAGGCUUCUCCUUGGGUGGCGAGCGGAGCAAUGCUGGUGGUGCGUCGGGUUCGCAAGAGAAGCGGGACGAAGGUGGGGGUGAUUCGCAACAGCGUGAUGAAUCCGCCGCACUUCCAGGCGGCGGAUCUUCAGUCAGGCUACGUGGUGCCCUACCUGGGAGCGGAGGCGGGAGUCGGAGUGGUACACAUGCGAAGGCCGGAGGAGACGGCUCAGCCCAGAACGGCGAAAACACUGGCGAAGGAAGCGGGAAAGGGAAAGGGAAAGCGAAAGGGAAAGGGAAGCAACGUGGUGCUUCGACCGCGUCGGGCUCAGUUGCCACGCCGGCCACACCUCCGCCGACUGGCAAGCGCCAGCGACAUGGGAAGGCCAAGAGGACAGGGGCGUCAGUCGAGGAUGAGGACGCCGAGGAAGAGGACCCGACGUCCAAACCGAAGAAGUCGAAGAAGACAGCCAAACAGCGGGGAGAGAAGGCCUCUGAGGAUCACCGUCCGUCCGGGGCGAAGCCGAAGGGGAAGAAAAAGAUGAAGUCACCAAAAGCCCGACAGCAGGAAGAAGAGGGCUCUGCCGACACGUCCAAGGCCAAGUCCAAGUCCAAGUCGAAGGGGAAGAAGAAGGCGCGACAGCAGGAAGAAGCUGAGGACCCCGAUGACAACGACCCGGGCAAGGACUACGCCUUCCACAAGUCCGUGUCGAAGAACUUGUGGAAAGAGACUAUCUUCAAGCCCGCCGCAGAGGAGCUGAAGAAUCACGCCGCAUAUGUCGCAAAGGUUGGAACCGCUCACAUCGACGAACUCUUCCUCUCGGCUUUCGGAAUGAGGAAGGGAGUAGGGUGGUUCCGUAGCCAGCGGAAGCAGGCCUCUCAGUACGUCAAGGACCACGGACAGUCGGGGUCGAAAGGGGGGAAGACCGAGAAGCUGAAGGUCAUCAUGCGACAAGAGUUGUACAGCAACCACCCGGCCGUGACGAAGGCAGGGAUGCGAGAGUCUUUCGGAGGAUUAGAGACCGACUCGGACGAUGAAGACGACGACGACAGCGAGAGCGAGGGAGGCGAAGGCGGGGAGGUCGAAGACGCACCUUUGAACCAGGAGUUGUGGGGUGACCUCUCGAGGCACACGGAGGACCGGGGAGACAGUGCGGCGAACCUGACUGCGAUGGAAGAGGGAGAUGACUGCAGUGCGCUGGAAGAUGAAGCGGAGGAUGAUCCACCUGCCGACUUCGGCGACGCCGGUGGAGACUGUGGCCAAGACGGAGACAGUCCGCCCGAGGGCGACGGCAGCAACGAUCAGGGGGGCGCUGCGGGAGGGGUUCUUCCGCCUCCCGCUGCCAGGGUGCCAGCCGACCAACCCAUCCGUAGGCGCCCGGUGGGGUCGGGGGGUGGUAUAUCUACGGACGGAACCCCCCUGCCUCGUGGUUCGGGCGGGGGGGGGUCCUCGCGCGGUGCUCCAUCACGGUCGACCGCCCGCCCUCGUCACGUGCCCAGAGGAACUCACGGCGCCCUUGAUGAGGAAAUGGAGAUGGGGACGAGCGGACUGCCGCCUGGGCCCGCGGCAAAGGGAAGGAGGAAAUCAAGCUGGAACCCUCCGGGAGUGUCGGUAGAGGAGUACAUGGCUAACACGGGCCAUCUAGGCCAGCAGAAGCUGGCGCUGAUGCAGCAGUUGGUGGCCGCACAGGGGGGGGAGGGAGGCCGAUAGAGACCUCGAAGAGAGGAAGCUUGCGCAGAGGCAGGCCGAACACAGAGAGAGUUUGAGGUCUAGAGAUCUCGAACAACUCAGGCAUCUCCAGCAGUCUGGGGUACUAUCUUCCAAUGCGUACAGGUCGGCAGUUUUUCAGGGCCUUAGCAAAGAAACCCAAGAGGCUAUCGAGAAAGCGGAGAGGGAAGAUAAAGAGAAAGCGGAGAGGGAAGCGGAAGAGCUGGGUAGGAUUUGACUCCACAUGUACGUGAACGUCCACUAUCUUCUUGAGUGUGUUUGUGUUGUUUCAUUCCUGUUUUGUUUGUGUUUCGUGACAUGUGUGCUCGUAUUUUAAAUGUGUUGUGUAUGUAGACCCAUGCCCAUCUUGCCAGGCAGAUGCCGUAUGGUGUCACCUGGAGUACUUCGCGUGGAGUUUUGGAGAUGUCAACAACGCGGGCGAGCUUUCGUUGGGGAAUGCUUAGUGUUUCUACAUUCUACCGGAGACAGGGGUGUACCGACGCGAGUCGGCACCCUUUCAGGCCUCUUAUUCGUGUAAGCGGACGAUACUUGGCAUGCUUAGACUACUUGCAUGCAUGUGUUUUAGCAAUAGAAGAGCACGUCUUAGAUCCAGCGUUGCAUUUCCUUUUCACGUGUGGUCUUGUCGGUCGAGUAGUCCUGCAUGGUUAUGGUGUUGAGUCUUCCUUCUUGGUUUUUUGUUGUGUUGAACAGGGAGGAAUGUUGCUUAUGAUGCCGUGCAUCUUCGGUUUUAGCGGUUGACUGAUUCGCGUUCUGUGUUGGCGGAUCACGUAGCGACCCUUUCUAAGAACGGUACAUUAUUUUGUCGCGAGGCGUGGUUCGUGUUACCCCAGCGGGAACGAGCUUGCUGUUUGGCGGUGGCCGUGUUCCAAAAUGUCGGGGUGAACGUGUUUGCAGAAGUGUAGUUUACUGCGCAGGCAACGUAAGAAUUGUCGGGGGCAACUAAUCUAAAUAGGUGGUGGGUGUUUUGAUCGUGUGCAUUUCCGCUUUUGCUGGCGGCACCGGCUUUCGAUGUGGGGGUUAUUAGGCCACGCGUUUGCGGUAUUAUAGUCCGGGUAUCUCGGCGGUAGCUAUUUUAUGCUGGUGCUACGUUACACGAUCAUGGGGCAGGUAUGUCUAAGGCGUAGACUAAAUCUAUGGCAUUUUCUCGAAACUGUGCUAGUUGCCAUGCUGUUUGUGUUGGAGUAUCCGGAAAAUAUGGCGUACUGCGGGGCCCCCUCGGGCGACAGGAGUCGCACAUGUAUGUGACAGCUCUGUGCAAUUCUUGUGUUCACGGAGCCUGAGCGUGCCAGAGACAGAGAGAGUAGCGCAUACACGAACGAGCAAGGUGGAGGCAUCAAAGGCUAAGGCUUCUACGAUAUAGUAAUGUGCCAGCCUCAGGAGCUGACAACAAGCGGAGUCUUUUACCCACCCACCCACCCCUUUUGUAUUUCGAAGAUGGGGAAG